AUGGACACAGACCUGUGCCAUGAGUUUGGGAACUACCUCGGGCUGGAGCUGGACUCCGAUGAUGACGACGAUGAGCUGGGGAGAGAGUCGAAAGAUCUGGAUGAGCUGGAGGAUGAUGAGGAUGAUGAGGAUAUGGGGGAGCACGAUGAGGACCACGCUGGGAUGGAGGUGGUGCUGCACGAGGACAAGAAAUACUACCCCACUGCUGAGGAGGUCUACGGGCCCGAGGUGGAGACCAUCGUGCAGGAGGAGGACACUCAGCCUCUGACGGAGCCUAUCAUCAAACCUGUCAAGACCAAGAAGUUCUCUCUGAUGGAGCAGACGCUGCCAGUCACUGUCUAUGAGAUGGACUUCCUGGCAGACCUGAUGGACAACUCGGAGCUGAUCCGGAACGUGACCCUGUGCGGGCACCUGCACCACGGCAAGACCUGCUUUGUGGACUGCCUGGUGGAGCAAACCCACCCAGAGAUCCGGAAGCGCUACGACCAGGACGGUGGGUACCACUGCCAGAGGCACCACAGGACCCCUGCACGUCGAAGAGGAGGAAGCUCUGAUUGGCAGCUGUCAGCACUGGCUGCUGCGUGGACAGCUCAUGCUCGCUGCGGGCACGGGGCUGCACUGGCACCCUGGUCACGGUGCCCUCCUGGGGUGGAGGGACCAGCACCACGGCGACAGGGGAGCUGGGCUAGAGGCACAGCACUGGGUGCAGGCACAGCACCGCUUCAGAGCACAGCACUGCCUCCAGAGCACAGCACAGCACUGCUGCAGAGCACAGCACUGCCUCCAGAGACAACCCUGAUCACCAUCCUGGUGGCCAUCCUCACCCCUGCUGCCACCCUGGUCCCCGUUACAAUGGCCACUCAGGUCCUGGCAGUCACCUGGACACCCAUCCCAGGGGCAAUUUAG